AUGGGUGUUCCAGAUUCUUCGACAGGGACAACAGCGCAGACCGUGUCUCUCUCGGAGUUCCUCGACGCCAUGCACCAGUUCGCCGGGAAGUCGCCCAACGACAAGAUCAAGUUCCUCUUCAAAGUGUACGACUUGGACGAGUCGGAGAAGUUACAAUCUCUAAAGGAACUUGACUGUAAGAGGUGUGGAGUGUUCGAGAGUUCUGAUAUGUGGUGUAGGUCGUGUAGGUUCCGAUAUGAUGUGGGAAAUGUAGGUCUAUUUUGGUGUGGCGGGUGUGGUUGGGGUUCUGAUGUAGUGGAUGUAGUUUUGUUCAGAUGCGACGGGCUGAUCCAGCAGAGCGAACUGCAGAAGGUCAUGAAGGCGUGCAUGGAAGAGAACGGCAUGAAGUUCAGCGACGAGCAGAUCGAGGACCUGACCCUGGCGCUGUUCGAGGACGCCGACACCCAGAGGACGGGCGCCAUCACCUACGAGUCCCUGAAGGCGCAGCUGGAGAAGCACGACGGCCUGCUGGAGAACCUGUCGAUCAGCAUCGACCGCUGGCUCGUCCCGCCCAACAUCCGGACGGAGAAGGAGUCGAUCUGGAAGCGCGUGGCCAAGAUCCGGCCGUACCAGCUGACGUUGCCGUACCUGAAGAACAACUACGUGUACCUGAUCUUCCUGCUGGUGUACAUAGCCAUCAACCUGGGUCUGUUCAUCUCCCGCGCCAUCGAGUACCGGGAAAGCAACUGGUACACGAUCUUCGCCCGGGCCUGCGGUCUGAACUCCAAUUGUCAGUGUCUGAACUUCAACUGUCAGUGUCUGAACUUCAACUGCAUGUUCGUCCUCGUGUUGAUGUUACGUCAGUGUAUUACGUAUCUGAGGUCUCUAGGAGCUUCGGCCUUCUUGCCCCUUGACCAACAUCUGUACUUGCAUAAACUCUGCGGCUGGUUCAUCUUCAUCUACUCGCUGGUACACACACUGAUGCAUCUACUCAAUUUCUCACUCGUCGUCGCCCCGUCCACAGACUACACUUUGGCAGAGUGGUUGUUCACCAUGAAGCCAGAGAAGUUUGGGUUGAUUGAGGGCAUAGCCAACCCCACCGGAAUCGCCCUUAUGAUCAUUCUGACACUCAUGGUUAUCUGUUCGCUGCCUUUCGUCCGCAAGUCUGGGUAUUUUGAGGUAUUCUACUGGACUCACCUGCUGUACGUCGCUUUCUGGAUCCUCACCAUCCUCCACGGACCGAACUUCUGGAAGUGGUUCGUGGCUCCAGGGGUCAUCUUCGUGAUCGAGAGAGUUCACCGCACGAUCAGGCUACGGACGGGACAUGGCAAGACGUACAUUAGCUCGGGUGUUCUCCUGCCGUCCAAGGUGAUCCACCUGGUGAUCAAGCGACCCGGGGGCUUCCAGUUCCACCCCGGAGACUACGUGUUCGUCAACAUCCCCGCCAUCGCCAAGUACGAGUGGCAUCCGUUUACUAUCUCUUCGGCACCAGAGCAGGGAGACGCCGUUUGGUUGCACAUCCGCGCCGUUGGGGAAUGGACCAACAGACUCUACGGUUAUUUUGAACGUGAACAGCUGCGGUGCGAGAGACAGAGGUGCGAGAUUCAGGGACAAACUUCCGUGUCUGUGAUGAUGACUGAUGGCGAGAACGUGGAGGUGAGGAUGCAUCCGAGUAGUGAUUUGCAUUCGCACGACAAGACCAGUCAACUUGCCAUUAUGAACGAAGCUGCUCCUACAGAAGGCGCGUCCUGCAGCACGGACAAGACGGUCGAGAACGGCUACACGAACGAAGGCUUCGAACACGACACGAACGGCAACGCGGUGGACCAGGAGGCGGCAGCGGCGGCCCUCCCGAAGAACUACAAGCUCCUGGCGAACCACAAGAACCAGUCGGCGCCCAGCCUGGUCCACAACAGCGUCAACGGGAAGAAGGUGCUCAUGAAGUCUCGCUCGGUCCCUGAUUUCGACAGGAAGAUCCACACGCAAGAACACCGGAAACACUCACGACACUUCAAUGUUCUCAGAUUGCUGAACAACUUCCGCCCGAAGUCUGACCAGAAGUUCAACCAGAGCACCUUGAGUAAGGCUCUUCAGGCGACUCUGGACGGGGAGGUCCAGAUGCCGUCGAGGAGAGAGCUUGCAAAGAGCUUUAGGUACAUGCGCCGCAAACCGAAGAUUAUCACGCUAGACUUGCCAUCGGAAUCGGAGGCAGAAGAGGAAGAAGAGGAGAUGGCAGACACAGCAGGAAAGGAGACCGUCCUUGCCCUCGAGGAAGGCAGGAAGAGCUACGCCGUGAGCCAAGAGGAGCAGCGCCAGAGGAGGAAGUCGAGACAAGAGGAGAGGCGAAUUUACGUUGAUGGCCCCUUCGGCGCCCCUUCCAGCCACAUCUUCCGAGCUCAACAUGCAGUGCUGAUUGGUACAGGCAUCGGUGUCACGCCCUUCGCCUCUAUCCUGCAGUCCAUCAUGCACAAGUACUGGAAGGCCCGUCACGUGUGCCCCAAUUGCAGUUAUUCGUGGACCAACGAUGUGCCUGAUAGUGUUAUGAAUCUUCGAAAGGUGGACUUCUUCUGGAUCAACCGAGACCAGCGUUCUUUCGAGUGGUUCGUGAACUUGCUGUCCCAGUUGGAGAUAGAACAGGCAGAACACGGUGGAGUGAUGGAGAGGUUCUUGGACAUGCACAUGUACAUCACUUCAGCCCUUCAGAAGACCGACAUGAAGGCCGUGGGACUUCAGUUGGCGCUGGAUUUACUGCACGAGAAGGAAAAGCGAGAUCUCAUAACGGGCUUGAAAACACGCACAAAUGCUGGAAGACCAAACUGGGAUAAAGUGUUCAAACAGCUGCAAAACCAACAGAAGGGAAAAAUCACCGUGUUUUACUGCGGUCCACCUGCUCUCGCCCGAACUCUGCGCUACAAGUGUGAUGAAUAUGGAUUUGAUUUCCGCAAGGAGAUCUUCUAA